ACCUGUAUCUAUACAUAUCUCCUCUGCAAACACUGCAAAGGGCUACUGUUUCUUUCCCUUUACCUUAGUCUCUCUUUGUUGACUCUUUCCUCUACCCUGCAAACUGCAUAUUUAGACGUACUUUGCUUUUCCAUCACAAUCAACUGUGAAAAGACAAAAAACAAGAAAUGCUGGAAACUGUUAAGUACCUUAUCGGCACCACCGGGCCGAGCGGGUUCAGCUCCAAGUCCACAGCCGAGGAGGUCACGGCCGGCCUCUGCCCUGAUCUCCGCUGCAUCACCGCCAUCAUUACGGGCGCGACGUCGGGGAUAGGGGCUGAGACAGCCAGGGUGCUGGCGAAACGCGGCGCCCGGCUCGUGUUGCCUGCUCGCAGCCUGAAGGCGGCGGAGGACACCAAGGCUCGUAUUUUGUCGGAGUUUCCGGCGUCGGAGAUCAUCGUCAUGAGCCUUGAUCUCAGCUCUCUUGACUCUGUACGCAGAUUUGCGGCUGAGUUUCAGUCUCUUAAUUUACCUCUCAACCUUCUCAUAAACAAUGCUGGGAAAUUCUCGUACGAUCAUGGUGUUUCUGAGGAUGGAGUCGAGAUGACCUUUGCUACUAAUUAUUUAGGUCACUUUUUGUUGACGAAGCUGUUGUUAAAGAAGAUGAUUGAGACGGCGGCGAAGACGGGCGUGCAAGGAAGAAUAGUGAACGUGUCGUCGAGCAUCCACAGCUGGUUCUCCGGCGACAUCAUUCGUUAUCUUGCCUUAAUCACCAAGAAUAAGAGUGAAUACGAUGGGACACGUGCAUAUGCCCUCUCCAAGCUCGCCAACGUUUUGCAUACCAACGAACUCUCCCGCAGGCUCACGGAAAUGGAGGCAAAUGUGACAGUCAACUGUGUUCAUCCUGGAAUUGUAAGAACCAGGCUGACUAGAGACCGCGAAGGCCUUAUUACUGAUCUGGUGUUCUUUUUGGCAUCCAAGCUCUUGAAGACUAUUCCUCAGGCAGCGGCGACGACUUGCUAUGUGGCCACAAACCCAAGACUGGGGAACGUGAGUGGGAAAUACUAUUCGGAUUGCAACGAAGCAUCGACGUCGAAAUUGGGAUCCAGCUUAGCAGAAGCUGCGAGGUUAUGGGCAGCCUCCGAGGCGAUGGUCUCCGCAGAUUCCUACCGUCCAUUUCCCCCUCAAUACUAGCAAGCUACGCCUACGGAUCAAAGAGAGUAGAGAGAAGAAAUCAUACGUAUACCUCAUGUCAUCGUGACCACUGUAUAAAUACUUAAGAGUAGUUUUGCAGUAAUACCGUAUAGUAUGUGUAUAAUUAGAUAUAAGAGUAUGUUAUAAUUAGUUUGUGAGUCUUAGAUUUCUUUUAUUUUUGUAAAAUAAUGUUGUUGGGAGUAAUGAAAUGUGAU